CUGGUGGAUCAGCUGUCACAUUCGAUGGUCUGUAAGGGACUAUCCUAAACGCUCAGCAGGGAAAAGAACAGCAUUACAUGUAAAAUACAAGAUAUACUAAAAUCAUGACAACAUCUGAAACCAUUUUGGAUCGAACUUGUCUGAACUGAUCGUCAACCGCGGAUUAUGCGAUACUGUGUCCUAUAACGUUUCUUCCUGUAAAACUGUGAGAAUGAUCCGCCGCGAGUGUUCUUGAGCAAACAGGACACGAUAACGCAGUGGUUACAAGUGUCACUCCAAUUUGACAGCGUGUUCAUUUAAAACACACGAGAUUUGGUAAGUGUCCUGUCGUGAAACUGACAGUAGACUAGAAAACGGUGUGGUCAUUUGUCAGCGACAGUCACCGGCUAACGUAUAGAUGUCGAACAGAUAAUUUAUUUAACUAAUUAGCUGGCUGCCUUGGAAUAGGCUUGCAGAGACGGAGAAACUACCCCAAUCCCGCACAGACAGGAGACGUCAUCAACAUUUUCCUGCAUUUAAAUGGUCGAAUCUGAGGAGGUCAUUGGCGAAAAGAGAAGAAAAUCGGUGUGAAAAGAGAUCGAGAAAAUUACAGCCGGGAGAAAGCAUACUGGAUUAUAUAAAUGGGGGAUUACGGUUUUGGAGCCCUGGUUAAGAACAACAGUGCUAACAAAUCAGUUUUCCCCGUGAGAAUUCCCCCACACCUGCAACAUCCAGUACAUCAUCAGACCGCCCCCCCGAGUCCCCCCGCGUUCAUCAACACCAGCACGGCUACCAAUGGUGGAAGUGCAGGGUCCGCUUGGCUCUUCCCUGUCGUGACGACCCACACGAACAUGCAAGAUGAGAUCCUGGAGCCUGAGAAGACCAAGGCGCAGCAGCAGCAGCAACAGGAUAUACAAGAAAUUCAAGAAAAGCAGCCCAUCUCCCCACCAGGCCAUCAAGAAACUUCAGGCAUCAUAUCUGACCUCGACAGCACCAUGCCAGAGGACAACCAGCUGGAGAAAGGAACCACAGAGAACGGGAACGGCAAGGAGAUCCUCCGCAUGGAGUCCCCCGUGCUCUCCGGCUUCGACUACCAGGAGACGUCAGGCAUGGGUACCAUGGUGCAGUCGGGGAGCUCUUCGUCCUCCUCCCUCACAGGCUUUAACAGCUGGUCCACUGCUAUCCCCUCCAACCCCUCAGCACUGGUCAACGAGGAAGUGGGCUUCUUUAGCCCGGCCGGCACCACCAGCAGUGGGCCGCCGCCACUCCUCUUCCAGAAUUUCUCGCACCACGCCAGCCCCAGCUUCGGGGGCAGCUUCUCCCACCAGAUGGGCCCGCUGUCCCAGCACCACCCGGCCCCGGCCCCGCACCCCCACUUCCAGCACCCCCACAGCCAGCCACAGCAGCAACACCGCCGCUCGCCGGCCAGCCCCCACCCUCCUCCUCCCUUCUCCCAUCGCAACGCUGCUUUCAACCAGCUGCCUCACCUAGGGAACAACCUCAGCAAGCCCCCUUCCCCCUGGGGCAGCUACCAAAGCCCCUCCUCCACACCCUCCUCCAGCUCGUGGAGCCCCGGUGGUGGUGGUGGUGGUGGUGGUGGUGGUGGCGGUUACGGAGGCUGGGGGGCCUCUCAGGGACGCGAGUACCGCCAGAGGAUCGCCGGGGGGAUGAUGCCCCUCAACUCCAUCUCCCCACUGAAGAAGUCCUUCCCCAACAACCAGACUCCCUCGCAGAAGUUCAACCGCAACAGCUCCGGCUUCAACCCCAAGCCCUGGCUGGAGGACAACAUGAACAGGAACGAGAGCAUCUUCCCCUUCCAGCAGGAGCGUAGCCGAUCCUUUGAUGGUUUCAGCCUGCACUCCCUAGAGAACUCCCUGAUUGACAUUAUGAGGGCUGAACAGGAUUCCUUGAAAGGUCGGUUUGGGUUCCCCCACCCAGGAGAUGGGUCUUUGCCAGUGAACGCAAGGAAUUAUGGGCGACGACGAGGUCACUCGUCCUUGUUCCCCAUGGAGGAUGAGCGUGGUGGCUUCGGGGAGGAUGACCGUGGUGGUGAUGGUGUCGGAGGCCUGGGCUCCCCUCAUGGAUUCCCCCACCAGAAUGGUGAGCGCAUCGAGCGCUACUCCCGCAAGGUGUUCGUAGGGGGCCUCCCACCCGACAUUGACGAAGAUGAGAUCACCGCCAGCUUCCGCCGUUUCGGACACCUUUUUGUGGACUGGCCACAUAAAGCAGAGAGCAAAUCCUACUUCCCUCCUAAAGGCUACGCAUUCCUUCUAUUCCAAGAGGAGAGCUCUGUGCAGGCCUUGAUUGAUGCGUGUAUCGAGGAAGAGGGCAAACUCUACCUAUGUGUGUCUAGUCCCACCAUCAAAGACAAGCCGGUCCAAAUCCGGCCCUGGAAUCUGAAUGACAGUGAUUUUGUGAUGGAUGGUUCUCAGCCACUGGACCCCAGGAAAACCAUCUUUGUGGGAGGUGUUCCUCGUCCUUUGCGCGCAGUUGAGCUGGCGAUGAUCAUGGACCGUCUGUACGGUGGCGUGUGCUAUGCUGGUAUCGACACUGACCCGGAGUUGAAGUACCCGAAAGGGGCGGGGCGUGUGGCCUUCUCCAAUCAGCAGAGCUACAUCGCCGCCAUUAGUGCACGCUUCGUCCAACUGCAGCAUGGAGAGAUUGAUAAACGGGUGGAGGUGAAGCCAUACGUGCUGGACGACCAGCUCUGUGACGAGUGCCAGGGCACGCGCUGCGGUGGCAAGUUCGCGCCCUUCUUCUGCGCCAACGUCACCUGCCUCCAGUACUACUGUGAAUACUGCUGGGCCGCCAUCCACUCACGCGCCGGCCGAGAGUUCCACAAGCCCCUGGUCAAGGAGGGUGGAGAUCGGCCCCGCCACAUCUCCUUCCGUUGGAACUAACCACCACUAGGAACAUGGGAGGGGAGAAGAGGAGGGGUGGGAAUUGGGAUUGGGUCAGGGGCCGGGACUGAUGGGUUGCCAUGUUAACUCGCAUACAUGCACUUUUCCUUUUUGCUGGUUCCUUUUUUAUUUUAAUUUAAAGAAAAAAAAAUGAAGUUCUUUUUUUUGUUUAGAUUUUUUUAAAAGA